AUGUCACAAAAACCGGUAUACGUAAAACAGUGUAUGGGCGUUAAUGGCUUAGAGAAGAUCAUUCUUAAAGAAGUUCGUGGCUUCUCUGCUGAGGUGUAUCUAUACGGAGGACAGGUAACAUCCUGGAAAAAUGAACGUGGAGAAGAAUUGCUCUUUGUUAGUAAUAAGGCUAAUUUUAAUCCUCCGAGAUCUAUACGUGGAGGCAUUCCGAUAUGUUUUCCUCAAUUCUCAAAUCUUGGUUCUCUUGAACAUCAUGGAUUUGCAAGGAACAAGUUGUGGACCUUAGAUCCUAAUCCUCCUCCAUUUCCAACAAAUAGCAGUAGUAGAGCUUUCAUUGAUUUGAUUCUUAAAAACUCCGAAGAUGAUUCAAAGAUUUGGCCUCACAGUUAUGAAUUUCGCCUACGGAUAGGUUUGGGACCUACAGGUGAUCUGAUGAUGACCUCCCGAAUUCGAAACACAAAUAAAGAUGGAAAAUCUUUUACCUUCACAUUUGCCUAUCAUACAUACCUCUAUGUUACCGAUAUCAGUGAAGUUCGAAUAGAAGGACUAGAGACAUUGGAUUAUCUAGACAAUUUGAAGAAUAGACAGCGAUUUACAGAACAAGGAGAUGCUAUAACAUUCGAGUCUGAAGUGGACAAAGUUUACGUUAGCACUCCCACGAAAAUCGCUAUCAUAGAUCAUGAAAGGAAGAGAACUUUUGAAGUGCGAAAAGACGGGCUUCCUGAUGCUGUGGUAUGGAAUCCGUGGGACAAGAAAGCGAAAUCCAUAUCUGAUUUGGGGGAUGACGAGUACAAACACAUGCUGUGUGUUCAGUCUGCUUGUGUAGAAAAAGCAAUCACUCUCAAACCUGGCGAAGAGUGGAAAGGAAGACAAGAAAUAUCUGCGGUUCCUUCAAGUUAUUGUAGUGGUCAACUCGAUCCACGAAAAGUACUUUUCCAGUAUUAG